UAUCAUGUAGAGCCGUGUGAAAAGAUGUAUUGCGCCUACGGAGCGUUAUGUUUAGUGGAUGAGAAAAGUCAGCAGGCAUACUGCAGGUGCCAAGAAGUAUGCACAGACAUCUUCGCACCCGUCUGUGGAAGCGACAAAGUGACAUACUCCAGUGAAUGUCAACUCAGAAUGGCUUCCUGCACUCAGCAAAGGAGGAUAUUCAUUCAGCAUUCAGGACCUUGUGAUAUGAAAGACCCGUGCCAGGAGAAGGAGUGCAACUAUGGAGCCCAGUGUAGACCAUCUCUAGAUGGUAGGACUGCAGAGUGCGUGUGUCCUGCCAAAUGUGCCACUUAUGGUGACAGUCGUGGUUCUAGACCGGUUUGUGGUACCGAUGGUAAAGAUUAUCCAAAUGUCUGCGAAUUGAGAAGAACUGCUUGCAGAGAAAUGCGAAAUGUUCAAGUGAAAUUUCAAGGAAGAUGUGGUGAGUUAAGUUUUUCUUAUAUUUCUAGUUUUUUUUUAGACUUUAAAUAUAAGGUUAAAGCACAGAGGAGUGAAUGA